UUGCAAAAAAAUUAACUCAAACAUAUCUCCAACCAAUAACUAACGAAAUUAAAUACUAACUGUACCUAACCGAAAGCGUUGCAACAGUUAACAGUUAUUCAAGCUUAGACGAAGUGUCAUCGUUGCAAAAUUCCCAGCUGAAAAAAUUAUAACCACCGCGGCAGCUGCCUUUGAAGUAAUUCGACGCCGUCCAGCGAAAACAACAAAAACACCAGCGCAUUCGGUGUAAUUAAUUAGCACGAACAGACGCAAAUAACGGUGUGUAGGAGCGCAAUAGCGGAAUUUCAUUUCCAAAUCGUUUACUGUUAACGCAUCAAAACGGCCAACGAAGCGCUCGCACUGGCGGCCAUAUCAGCGCCAACAACAACAACGCCAACAUCAGCGUUGGCGACACCAACAUCACCCACACUCAGCGCCUCGACGCACUCACCUGUGGACACGCCACACGCAGCGGUCACAACACGAGCGCUGGAAACAUCACUAGCAGCCACAACGCCAAUCGCUGAAUUGUGCGCGACGGAGGCGGAUGUGAAAGAGGCAGUGGUGGUGUUGGAUUUAGAAUCGACGGAGGACAAAGCGAGUGUGAGUGCAUUAUCAGCAGCGGAGACGGCAAGCAAAAGCUCAAUCGACUGCGCAACGGACGUUGCACCCGCUGUUGAGGGCAACCAGCAAACCGCAAACACGUGUGCGGCAGUCACUACAGCGCCGUCUAUAACUACAGCAACUACAACAACAAGUACGCCUACAAGCCAACACUCGAACGGGAAUGCGCAUGCGAGUGAGCCGAGCAACACGAACGGUAACAAUAAUAGUCGUCCACCUGCAAACAGCUGCGCGAAUAGCGGUAAUAAAAAGCCUUUAGCUCCUACUAACUUUGCUAAAGCGUUAAAUCAUCAGAGCGGCGGUCGCAACAACUACAACAAAGCGAAGGUGACACUGAAAAUGCGCUUCAAAGUCGCCAAACGUAUUUGCCAGCGCAAAAUUCGCGCAAAAAACAUCGAUGAAAAUUUUCCGCAACCGCACGAGGUUACAGAAGGUGCCUUACAAGUAUGGCGUGCUCUGCCCGAACGCAUACGCCAAGAUCCGAGCUUAGCAUCAUUCCGCAUGGAACAUGAGCGUCUACAUGGCGACUUGGAUCCGCUGCCCUCACCGGAUGUGCCCGAACAUUAUGUGAAGGCGCCAAAUGCAUUUACCAAAGUCGGCAUUAAUGUGACCAAUGAGCUGGGGCAGGUGCGCAUCCUGGAAGUGAGGGAUAUGGAGAACAAUAACGAAGAUCAUCAUGACGACCACGACGAGCCACAUUCGCGCAGGAAGAAAAUCUUGAAGUGGUUCAAAAUUUCGAUAUUACUGGUUGUUUGGGCCGUCUUUACUGCAUUCCUGAUGUCGAAUAACGAACAUGUCGAAGAGCUUAGACUGAUCAGUGUUCCUAAGAGUGGCGAAGAGAAACUGUUCCCUGUAUCGACUGCCACAUUGUCACGUCUUGGUCUGAAACUAAAAGGUCCCUUCCGUCAGCAAGAGGCCGAUUCGUACGGCAAAAAUAAGAGCUCCUUUGCGGCACCACCCACGCUCCACGUACAACUGCAACGCAAGUACUAUAAUGCCAGCGGUGAUGAAUACUACGUCGAAGAUGCUUCUAAGGUGUGGAAACUAGCGUUGGUCUACCCCGAACAAUUGGACACGACAAAGGAAUCGUGGAAGGCAAACAAUUAUGACAUCUCACCCGCGGAUGAAGAACUGCUCCUCCAGGCCAAUUACACUACGUUGAAUUUACGUUUUAUUGCCAACAUCGAAACCGAAUUUCCACUGCAGUUGUCGAUCGACGAGUCGCCCAUCUACAAGAAGGAGGGUGUCAUCUAUGCGGCGAUAGUAUUGUGUGGCUUGUAUAUAAUGAUCAUUUGGGAAAUUGUCAAUCGUACCUUUGCGGCAAUGAUUGCAUCAACGUUGUCGGUUGGUAUAUUGGCGGCGCUGAACUCACGUCCCUCGAUGGCGACAAUAAUGGGUUGGAUUGAUGUGGAGACAUUAUUGCUGCUCUUCGGCAUGAUGAUACUGGUGGCCAUACUCUCCGAGACUGGUAUUUUCGACUAUUUGGCUGUGUAUGCUUACAAGAUAACAAAUGGGCACAUUUGGCCGCUCAUCAACUGUCUAUGCCUAUUCACGGCGGUACUGUCCUCCUUUUUGGAUAAUGUAACGACUGUGCUGCUGAUGACACCCGUCACUAUACGCCUCUGUGAGGUUAUGUCGCUAAAUCCUGUGCCUAUAUUGAUGUGCAUGGUGAUCUAUUCGAAUAUCGGUGGCGCGCUGACACCAGUCGGCGAUCCACCAAAUGUGAUAAUUGCUUCGAAUAAUUUCAUUUCGCGAAAUGGUGUCAAUUUUGCCAUAUUCACGUUGCACAUGUUGCCCGGCGUGAUACUGGUGAUGAUACAGACCUACAUACAGUUACGUCUUAAGUUCCGCAAUACAAACGAUCUGCAAUUUAAAGACUCACCUGAGGUGGAGGAAUUGCGUCACGAGAUCCACGUGUGGAAGCGUGCCGCGCAAAGUCUCUCCGCGUAUUCGAAAGAUGAAGAGAUCGUACGUCAAACGCUGAUGAAAAAGGUCAAUCGCUUGAAGCGUAGCCUGAAGAAACGCGUCUCCGAGGCGGUGGAACCGGCGCCCAAUUAUAAACAAACCUUGACGCAGCUACAAGCGAAGUAUCCCAUCCGCAACAAGUCGCUGCUCAUCAAAUGCUCAUUCGCCUUGAUCUUCGUCAUUAGCUUGUUUUUCCUACACUCAGUGCCGGAACUGCAACGUCUAUCUUUGGGUUGGACUGCCUUGCUGGGCGCCAUAUUCUUGCUCAUACUGGCUGACAUUGAAGACAUGGAGGCGAUAUUAGCGCGUGUUGAAUGGUCCACAUUGCUCUUCUUCGCCGCUCUUUUCAUUCUUAUGGAAGCGCUGUCGGAGCUGGGUCUGAUCGAAUGGAUUGGCCAGAUGACGGAGAGCAUUAUUUUGGGCGUGAGUGAAGGUUCACGUCUAAUGGUGGCAGUUUUAAUCAUACUAUGGGUUUCGGCCAUAACCUCUGCUUUUGUCGACAAUAUUCCACUAACAACGAUGAUGGUGAAAAUAACAAUUUCCCUAGCGGAAAACUCCGCUUUGAAUUUACCGCUGCAACCACUCGUGUGGGCUCUGGCUUUGGGCGCUUGUUUAGGCGGCAAUGGCACACUGAUUGGCGCUUCCGCGAAUGUUGUUUGUGCAGGCGUAGCCGAGCAGCACGGCUAUAAAUUCACUUUUCUCGAAUUUUUCAAGGUCGGUUUUCCGGUUAUGAUCGGCAGUAUUAUCGUGUCCACCGCAUAUCUACUCUUCACACACGUACUCUUCGCCUGGCACUGAGCCACGGGCUUGCAGGAUUAACAGUCAAAAUUAUAUAUAAAUACAUAUGUAUAUCAAGUACCUCGUAGUAUUGGAAAGACAUUGCAAGUAAUUUAGUUAAACGAGAG